AUGGCCGACACAUCAGAGAACGGUACCGUUAACAUCUCUACUGAAGCUGUGGUGGUCGAUGAUGACGUCAAGUUCGGAUUCCAACGGCCGGAGAUGUACACCGAGAAUCUCUCCGGAUCCGUUCAUCCUUACGAACGUCACGUUUUACUCUGCUACAAGACUCGCGAAGACUGGCCUGAUCGUGUUGAAUCCUCUGACUCGGAUCUGCUACCUAAACGUCUUGCUGGAGCCACCAAGGAGCGUAAGAACGAUAUCCCUGUUAAGACUCUGAUAACGAUAUUCGAGGGCAAUGCUGCUACUGGUUUUUCAGAUGGAGAUGUUUUGAUUUUUCCUGAUAUGAUCAAGUACAGGGGUUUGGAAGAAUCAAACAUGGAUAGUUUUGUGGAGGAAGUGCUUGUGAAUGGAAAACCAUGGGCUUCAAGAACACCGGAGAUGUUGAGGUUAAGAUGGCCGAAACAAGAAAUAAGUUUGACGGUUGGAGAAAAUUUUCAAAUAAAACACAAUCGGAAAAAGGGAAGCGUGAGGUUCUCCGGAUCCAUAUUUCAGAGCGAAGAAGGUUAA